AAGCAAGCGGGACGCGACGCGGCUGCUAAACAGGCUGCUGGCAGAAGCUACUCAUCAGAAAUAGAGCGCGUAAGCAACUCCUGGCUAUCGCAAACACGCUGCGCGAGCCCUGCUGUCAGGCGAGCCGCAGCAGCAGACCCCUCACCCCCUCACGCCGUCGAGGCAGGCCGCGGCGCGCAUUCGUGGCGCGAAGCCGUCUUAGCUAGCAUGGCCACCUUCCGAGCCGCCUCCUUGGUGAGCGUGACGGAACUGGAAAAGCUCGUGAACCGCCUCACGGAGCAGUCGCAGAUCGCCGAGAGCCAAAGAGCACAGUUAGCCAUGCGCCUCUCGGCGAACAACCGGGACGAGGAGACGCAACGAUUGUUAGCGCGGACCGAGCUUGGGUUAAGGGACGUCAAGACCGCAUUACGAGAACUUGAGGGAGAAAAAGAGAAAUUAGUCGCAGCUAGGGAAGCGGCGAAACAAGCGAAAGAGGCAGAUAGAAAGAGGAGAGCUCCCGCGCCGCCGACGCCCGCCGGGACGAAGCUGGGGAAGUUUGUGGUCCCGGAGUGGAUUAGUGGAAGGGCGCCGAUGCUCCUCGAGGCGUCCAAGGACGGCAAAGCCUUGCAGACCAUUGAUUUGGCGAAGCGCGACUGUUUUAUCUUGGGGAGGCAGCCGGAGUUGUGUCAUGUCACGCUGGAGCACGCGUCCGUAUCGCGGCAGCACGUGGCCAUCCUGCACGGCCAGCCUCCAGGACAAGCCCAGGGCUGGUUCUUAAUUGAUCUGGGCUCGGCCCACGGUACCGGUGCUUCUCCAGGCAAGGGACAGGCUUAUGGGAGGGUGAAGAGCGACGCGCCGCCAUUUGCUCUGGUGCCCGGGGCUUCGUUUCGCAUCGGCAAGUCUAGUAGAGUCUACACGGUCAAGGAGGACGCGCGGCGCAGUCGCGGUUCUUCGUCGCGACCCGCUCCCACAGUACCGGAGCGGCCCCGCGACGACGACGACGACUCGGACGACGACGAUGAUGACGACAUGAUGCAUCCCGACGACCGGGCGGCUGCUGCCGCACCGAAGCGCAAGCGCGAGGACGACGCUCCCGAAGCGCCGCCGCCCCCGAAGCGGCGCGAGGCCGCGCCGGCGCCGCCGCCCGCUUCGGAGCGGCCGCGGCCGCCGGCGCCUCCGCCUCCGCCCGCCCCAGAACCGGAGCCGGAGCCGGCGGCCGCGGCCGCUCCGAAGUGGACGACGGCCGAGGUGAACAAGAUGACUGUGCCCAAGCUGAAAGCU